AUGACGAUGUUCUCAGCCCCCCUUACGAAAGUUCUGGUCAUCCUAAUCGCUAUCGCUCCUUUGGCUCUAUCUCAGGAUGCUCCACAAACCUUAUCGAAUCUCGACGCUUUCAAUGACCAGCGGUCCUGUGUAAAAGGCUGCUUCUACUACAUGAAUAUCGAUUCCGAUAGGGUCGGAUAUGAGCUGAGCUGUGGCAAGCCCGCGCUCAACUCGUGUUAUUGUCGAUCCGAUCUACAGUCCGUCGCUUCGGCCUUCCUGUCGAAAUGCGUUUCCAGUGCAUGUAGCGGCAACCGCAAUGACAUGACAAAAGCGGUAGACCUCUACGGGGGUUAUUGCACCAACGCCGGCUUCCUCGCAGGGGUACCAGCAGCUACUCCGGCCCAAACGAGCAUAGAUUCGCCGGCGAUGGCAACCAGAACUGUCGUGGCGACCUCACCAACUGCUACUUCAGCAGCAGCGUCCGGCAGCGCUGAUGGCUCUAUCUUGCCUGUUAACGCAGUAACGAGCGCUCCAGCAUCUUUCCUUACCGGCUUCGCAACCUCCGUAUCGAGCUCGACAGGCCAGACGUCUUCUCCCUCUUCAGGGGAUGCUGGAACCGCAGACAAGGGCGACGGAUUCGGCACCACAGACAUUGUCGCAGUCAUCGUAGCUGUCUCGGGGAUUCUUGUCACCAUAGCCAUCGGAAUCUGGCAGAUUAAGACCAAAGACAGCUGGAGUCGUAGGAUGAUUGGCAAGGUGGCAUCUAAUGUACACGGCACCGCCCAUCCUCAGGCUUCUGGGGCCCUGCGGGAUCAUGCGACUCCGAUGCAGAACCACCCACAGUAUCCUCCAGCGGGGAAAGGCAAUUGGGUCAGCAAUGUCGCAGUUCGAGAGCCUGAAAGAUGGUACUAG